AUGCCCAUCGCUCCUCGUCCUUGCGACGUGACAGGACGAUUCCUUGCAGAUGGAGCGCCCCCGACACCACCUCCAAUCAAGUCACCCGAUGACUGGGCUCCAUAUCGAAAUCGUGUCGAGUUCGAGACUGCAGAAUUUCUGUACACGCGCAACCAAAUGUCUGCCGGAGACAUCAAUAUCUUAUUGGAUCUUUGGGCUGCAACCCUCCUCAAAUACAACGACAAACCUCCGUUGCGGACCACCGUGAUUUGUAUAAAACUAUUGACGCUACGCCAGUGGGUGAUGUCAAAUGGCAAUCCCUCAAGGUCCAGUACACUGGGAGAAGCCCGAAACCAAUGUACUACCCUGAUGGACCAAUCUCACGAUGUCUGGUACCGAGACCCCCAUGAGGUUAUUCAGAACAUGUUGGGGAAUUCCGGACUACGCUACAGAGAUGGAUUAUCGGCCCUACCGAAAACUAUUUCUGAAGAUCCGGAUACACUCGGCUCAACGUUUGUGCCGUCCUCAGUGGCGACUGGUGCCAACGAUUACUAUCCCUUGUAUGUAUCAAUCGGGAACGUUCGUAAUAAUGUCCGACGUGCACAUCGUGAUGCCUCAAGCAGCUACAGAGGAGCACGCAAAAGACUCAAAAUUUCGGAAUUCCGUCGGCAACUGUUUCAUUCGUCUGUCGCCAAGAUUCUCGAGAACUUAAGGCCUGGUAUGACCACACCAGAGGUUGUACGCUUCGGUGACGGCCACUAUCGGCGUGUAAUUUAUGGCCUUGGACCAAUACUUGCAGAUUACGAGGAGCAGGUUCUACUAGCGUGCAUAGUGCGCAAUUGUGUCCGAGGUAUGUGUAUGUCACAUCCUGACAGUUUAGACACGAAGUCACUGUGUCGUCGACGUGACCAUACAGAAGCGUUAGUUGAAGAGGCAACCUAUGGUGCUUUGUGGAUGGAGUAUGGGAUUGUUGGUGACCUUGUUGGAACCUUCAAGGAUCACCUAGUCAAGUGGGUUGGACAGUAUCUGCAACAUGUCCAUGGUACGAAAGAAGCAGAGAGAAUUCAAGCUGAUAUAGAUCGAAGAAUUGCUGCGGUUGCUUCAUUUGCAGGUCUCCGACGAUUUCCAGAAGGUCGGGGAUUCAAACAAUGGACGGGCGAUGAUUCAAAAGCCCUCAUGAAGGUCUAUUUACCUGCCAUCGAAGGUCACGUCCCAACAGAUGUGGUGCGCACAUUUCGCGCAUUUCUCGAAUUUUGCUAUCUCGUACGGCGCAACAUCAUUACAGAAUCUACUUUAGGUCAAAUUCAGGAGGCUCUUGACCGAUUCCAUCAUUACAGGGAGAUAUUUGAAUCUACGGGUGUUGUCUUCACGUUCUCUCUCCCUCGGCAACACUCUUGUUCCCACUAUGUCCUCCUUAUCCAACUUUUUGGUGCGCCCAAUGGCCUUUGCUCCUCGAUCACCGAGACGAAACACAUCAAAGCUGUCAAGGAGCCAUGGAGGCGCUCGAGUCGCUACAAAGCCCUUGGUCAGAUGCUGGUGACAAACCAGCGCCUCGAUAAGCUCGCAGCAGCACACAUUGAUUUCAAGAACCGCGGAAUCCAACCCAACGAGAAUAGCGCCACGGUGCCAGUACUCUUCAAUGCUGAUGUUACUAUACAGGGUGAUAACGAAGAGGGCGAAAUUGACAAUGGCCCAACACUGGUGCAGGCCCAUGUCCAGUUGGCAAAGACCCCUCAACGCAAACGCGCACACACUAUACCCGAGCUAUCCACGGAACUCUCUAUCCCCAAUCUCUACAAUGUCCUCCGCCGCUUCCUAUUCGAACAAGUGUACCCAGACGACCAGCACCCUCCCUCUGAAAUCCCGCUUUCGAGAUGUCCUCGAUUUGAUGGGAACAUCCAAGUCUUUAAUUCUGCAUCUUCGACAUUCUAUGCGCCCAGCGACCGCAGUGGAAUUGGCGGUAUGCGCCGUGAGCAUAUUCAUGCCUGUCCUAUUUGGAGAAACGAGGCGCCCCGGUAUGACUGUGUGUUUGUUAACACAGAUGCAAGUGUUGAAGGGAUGGUGGGCAUGGAUAUAGCGCGCGUAAUGUGUUUUUUUUCUUUCACAUUCAAUGCAGUUUCGUAUCCAUGUGCCGUUGUGCGUUGGUUUGACAAAGCCAGCGACGGACCCGACCAGGACACUGGGAUGUGGAUUGUGACACCUUCGUUUGAUACUGACCAUUCUUUUUCUGUUGGAAUCAUCCAUAUUGAUUCUAUUUACUGUGCCGCACACCUCAUUCCAGUCUAUGGAGCACAGAUCAUUUCACACGACAUCAAGCACCAUGACUCAUAUGAUGCUUUUCGAGCAUUCUAUCUGAACAAGUUCGCAGACCAUCAUGCUUUUGAGGUCGCAUCCUAG